AUGGAGGGAACUUUAAUUUCUUCCAAACCAUAUCCCAAAGAAGAGAAAAUUGAUUUGAACCAAAUCACACUCCGACCCCUUCAUCUUUCUGAUCUUGAUGAUGUCAUGGUAUGGACUACUGAUGAAAAAGUGACCAACUUCUGCUCUUGGGAACCUCACACCAGCAAAGAUGAGGGCAUAAAUUACAUUGAAAAUAUAGCAACCAAAUUUCUAUGGUGCAAAGCAAUAUGUUUUAAUGAUCGUGCUAUUGGAUGUGUUUCUUUGUCCUCGAGCUCACCUCAUGAUAAAAGCAGGAACAAAACUGCAGAACUUGGUUAUGUUCUAGGUUCUAAAUACUGGGGUAAAGGAAUUACCACAUGUGUUGUGAAACAAGUUAUUAAGAUUGCAUUCACUGAGUUUUCACACUUGGAAAGGGUUGAAGCUCUUGUUGAUGUGGAAAAUGUUGGGUCUCAAAAAGUGUUGGAAAAAGCUGGUUUCCAGAAGGAGGGAGUUCUCAGGAAGUAUCUGUUCAUGAAAGAAAAAAGCAGAGAUAUGGUCAUGUUCAGUGUUCUUUCUAAUAUUACUUAA